AGCUGGUUGCCAGAGAGCCUGUAUUUCUGCUUGUGUGGGAAAGUCUGGUGUGAUGAGGCACCUGUCUUAGAGAUUUAUUUCUUUUAGAAACUGUUUUUGUAAAUUUUUUGUCACGAUUUAUUUCAUGCCAUCUGUGGAGCUCGUGUCGAAUGGCUGUGCAAACUCACAGUUAGAACCCCUUUAACUUUCUCUCCGGGAAACCCCAUCGGGAUUACGGAAAGGACUUUCGACAGCGCACGCGAUGAAGGGAGUAGUGCAUCCCAAUGCUGAGAGAUGUCAAGUGCUUCUAAGCGGUGAAGAAGAGUAGAAACAUUUAAUUGCUGUGGAGUUUUGUUUCUAGCGCGCAACUGUGUGCUUUUUUUUCUUUUGGUCGUGAGUGACACUUUACAUUUUCUCGGAUACUCAUAACCCAGAGAUUUGAAAUGUUCGAGCAGGUAGGGGUUCCGCGUCUUGCACGAGGACAGCUAUACGGUGCGCGCGGGUGUUGAUGGAUACGCCGACUCCUGCUGGGAUCAAACCUGCAACCUUUCAGUCGCAACACGGUCUCCCCAGCCAAUAGACUGCUCUGCCAUCCUGAGUCCUCCCACUAAAAACAACCUGUAUCCCAUUUACAGUAUGGAUUACUGGACGUUUCACCUCGCGCAAAUCCAUUUAACAACUUUUCUGCGGGAAUUCAUUUAAUUUAAUCGAAACUGUGCCUACCUACAGUCGUUUCUUAUUAUGACUUUAAUCUUUACAUCUAUUUAAGCCACGCAUUCGGUGGUUUAGUGUUAUUUUUGACACGUUUCUUUUAAAAAUUCAGACCCUCCGUACACUUAGAAGAGUUGUAGCCUAAAUCUCGUCGGCUCUCAUGGGACUGGGGCAUUCGUCGCGUUGUUUGCUGCUACGGCGGAAGAUGGCGGAGGCGGACAGCUCGGAGCGGCAACAGCCUGUUACUUCCCCCCUCUCUCAGUCUGCCCAGCCCUCCCCACUGCCUAAACCAGUGCCUACUGCCCACCAUGUGCCCUGCGUCCCCCAUACGCCUCAUGUAGCAGCCUUGUCCACCUGUCCUGGCAGAGGCAAGAUUGCCAAGUUCAUCAGCCCGGAGGAAAUGACAUCACGGGACUACUACUUCGACUCUUAUGCCCAUUUUGGCAUCCACGAGGAGAUGCUGAAAGACGAGGUGCGAACGUUGACCUACCGGAACGCCAUGUACCACAACAAGCACGUGUUCAAGGAUAAAAUUGUCCUGGAUGUCGGCAGUGGAACGGGGAUCCUCUCCAUGUUCGCUGCCAACGCCGGUGCCAAACACGUGUACGGGAUAGAAUGUUCAAGUAUAUCUGAAUAUUCAGAAAAGAUCAUCAAGUCGAAUCACCUACACAAUGUCAUUACCAUCUUCAAGGGCAAGGUGGAGGAGGUGGAGCUUCCUGUGGAGAAGGUGGACAUUAUCAUCUCAGAGUGGAUGGGUUACUGCCUCUUCUACGAGUCAAUGCUCAACACCGUCAUUUUUGCCAGGGACAAAUGGCUGAAACCAGGAGGCCUGAUGUUCCCUGACAGAGCUGCUCUUUAUGUGGUAGCCAUUGAAGACAGGCAGUACAAGGACUUCAAGAUUCAUUGGUGGGAAAACGUGUACGGGUUUGACAUGAGCUGCAUUCGCAACGUGGCCAUCAAAGAGCCUCUGGUGGACGUGGUAGAUCCCAAGCAGGUGGUGACUAACGCCUGCCUCCUGAAGGAAGUGGACAUCUACACUGUGAAGCCAGAGGACUUGUCCUUCACUUCGGCCUUCUGUCUGCAGAUUCAACGCAACGAUUAUGUCCAUGCCCUCGUCACCUAUUUCAACAUCGAGUUCACCAAGUGUCACAAGAAGACUGGCUUUUCCACUGCUCCAGAUGCUCCCAGCACACACUGGAAGCAGACGGUGUUUUACUUAGAGGACUACUUAACUGUCAAGAAAGGAGAGGAGAUCUUUGGCAGUAUUGCUGUCAGACCCAAUGAGAAGAAUGUGCGUGACCUGGAGUUCACCCUCGAGCUGGACUUUAAAGGACAACUAUGUGAGGCUGCAAUUUCCCACGAUUAUAAAAUGCGUUAGGAACAACAACAACAACAACAGUGCCCCGGUGCAGACCUUCCCUCAGCCCCUCUGGACACACCUACAUGUGGGGGGAGGGAGGGCACUGGCUCUCCAACAAGCAUUCCAGCUGGUCAGCGAAAGCGACCCGAGGCAUCUGAUUGGAUGCCAUUAUGCCAGCACCUGUGAUGUCAUCAGAAUAGGCAAGUAUCUAUCAGCAAUAGUGCCAUCACGUGUACCAACCUGAUCGACUCGGGGCACGUCGUUGAAUGUAACCUCCAAAAUGAACUUGAGUUUUGUUUUGAUUAUUUUGAAUAUAAAAUAAAAAGUAUUUACUUUAUAUUGUUAGUGCAGCUAAUUGAAAAGCAUUGAUCUGCGUGAUGUUGAGAAGGUUACAGCACAGUCAUUAACUGUUUUUCCUUUAGUCCUACAUUAAGAAUUAUGAUUUGUGCACUGUAUAAUUGUAUUGAAGGUACAGUAAUCAAUCGUGUUUUAUUUCAUUAUUUAUUUGCAUGUGAACGUUUUUUGCUUCAUUGAUUGCAGAGAGAUGAAAUGUAAUUUAUUUAUUUCUUUAAUUGAGGAUAAUUCAGAGCAACUGUAUUUUGGUGCCAGAAUAAAACAGAACAAUGCCUCAAGAACAGUAACAAACAGAUGCAAUAUGUCAUGAACCACUUUGUUUUGGAGAUUAGAGAAAGGAAAUGAAAAAAGAAUGUGAUGAUGAAUAAAAUGUUAGUGAUUCAAGUCAA